GGUUAACUGUCAAAACAUCCCAGUGACAAGCACAAAAUUUUCACAAAUCGCACUUGAGUGUUUCUUUUUGAGAUAAAACGAAGUGAUUAUUGUGAAAUUCAUCGUGAAAUUGAGAGAAAUUCAUCAAAGUGUGAAACGAAAAACAUCUGUCUGCUAAGAAAUCUGCAAAACAAGCUCUAUUGAGGGGAACCUUCAUCAGGCACCACAUCAUCCCUUCUACCAACCAUAUAGGAGCCAAGAGUGUCUUUGUGCUGAACACUGAGGGAGGAACGAACGAACGUAAAAAAAAGACGAGAGGACGCACAGGCACGGAAAAGCAACUGAGACGGAAAAUAUCGCUCAACUGGGAAUUAUUUUAAGGAAAAAUUUACAAUAAUAGUCAGGGCGGAGGAUAAAAAGCCACCCCCUCGUACACACAGAAAACCCCUCGAGUGUAUUCACUGUUUUUCCUUUUUCACCCACACCACUACAGGGGGGUUUGGUAAAAGAAGGAAAAUUAUGGUUGUUUGUCGUGUCACGCAGAGAUUUGGGGCUCUCGGAGCGGCUUUUGUUGCUCUUCGUCUUUUGUCCACCACAAGAGUAAUGGCGUGCUCAGCUGCUCAGGGAGAUCCAAAGACCGCCACGUCGGUGUAUGAUUUCACCGUGAAUGACAUUAAGGGGCAACCUGUUAGUUUGGAGAAGUAUAGAGGACAUCCUCUUAUUAUUGUCAACGUGGCCUCCAAGUGUGGCUACACUGCACAACACUACAAGGAGCUCAAUGAACUCUACGAUGAAUUUGCAGAGUCCAAAGGAUUACGUAUCCUGGCCUUUCCGUGCGACCAAUUCGCACACCAGGAGCCGGGAACGAAUGAGGAGAUUGAGUGCUCCAUACGCGAUCGGAAGGUCAUGUUUGACCUCUUUGAGAAGGUUGACGUGAAUGGUAAGACGGCUCAUCCGUUGUUUGAGUACCUGAAGAACAAACAGAAGGGGACACUGUUUGACUUCAUCAAGUGGAACUUCACAAAGUUUAUCAUUGACAAAGAAGGUCAACCGGCUGAGAGGCAUGGACCCAGCACAAGUCCCCAUGAGAUGAAGAAGAACCUCGAGAAAUACUUCUAGGUAAAGCUGCCUGAUUGGCUACUUCUUCUUAUAUUUUCUUUAUUUUUGCCCUCUCCCCCAUUUGAUACGUCAAUACCGUAGAAUUCCGCAGGUGUUUUAGCAGCGCCAUGGGGUGACAAACCCCAAUUUUUGCUUCAGCAAUGAAAGUUUUUUAUCUUCUUAUAUAUUUUUUUGUCAUGUCUCUUUGUAACUUUGUUCUGAUGGAGUUAAUAAAUAUCUACAUACA